AUGGCGUUGGCAGAACAAAGAGAAUCUUUGGAAGAAGCUGUUGGAGAAGAAGUAAAUGAAACAGAUGAAGAAAAUGAGGAUAAAGAGGACGACGAAAAGGAUGAAGAAAAUGAAGGAGAGAAUGAUGAUGACAAUGAAUAUUAUAAUGAGAAUGAAGAAAAUGAGAGUGUGGGAGAUAGAGAAGGGGAUGAAAAUGACAAUGGUGAUAAUAAGAGUAAUGAAGAAGAAAAUGAAGAGAGUGAAGAUAGUGAAGAUAGUGAUGAUCAAAAUGACAAUAAUAAUGAUAAGAAUAAUGAGAACGAAAACGAAGAUGAAGAUAGGGAUGGUGAUGAAAGUGGCGAUAAUAUGUUAUUAUAA